AUGUACAACGAGUACUGGUAUCCUGAGCACGCUACGAAUAUAUGCAAGGACGCACUGCCCUCGCGGCACAAGAAAGCGGUACCCAGCACCAUUCGCCUCUACGUUUGCAGUCAUCAUCUCAAACUCGGUGAAAAACAAGGAAAGAAGGAGGAUAGUGGACGGUCUGAUAAGGCUUAG